UUCUGUAACAUUAGCAGAAUGUCAGAAUAUAAAUAGCCGAAAAAAAAUUCUAUUUUGAACAAUGUUACAACCUUAUCAGUAUGAUUAAUGAGACAAGAUAGAACAUUAAAUCUACAAAGGCUUAAAAUAUUUCAUGGAGGUAUGAGGUCUACUGUUGAAACUUUGGCUUUCAUUUAAGGUAAUGUAGCACUCACCAAGGUAAUCUCGGACAGGCAGAAGAUAGAGGCGAAUACUCCCUAUUCACGCCGCCGCCAUCUUGGAUCGAAAACGAGGCCGGGUGGGCAAGCGUAUUAGACGCAUACCAGACCUCGGCCGAACACAAUGGGGAAAUUCCACUGUUGUGUGCCGAGUUGCACAAACGAUUCUCGUUACGAUCCAGAGAAAAAACUGAGUUUUCAUCGGUUUCCAAAAGAUAGUACGCAACGCAAAGCUUGGAUUGUGAAGAUAAGGCGUGAUAUCGGCAAAGAUUUCCAGUUGUCUGAUAGUACACGAGUGUGCUCAGCCCACUUUCCAGCAGAAGACUUCACCCGGACACUCAUUGGCCUUAGGAAGCUGAAGGCUGGAGCUGCACCUUCCAUCUUUGACUGGACUAAAACUACCACUAAGCGUCGUGGUCCAAGGAGGCGUUUAAAUGAUGUGAAUCCAGCCCCAGGUUGUUCCAGUGAUGCAGGGGACCUGACUGACAAUGGUUCCAGUGGAUCAGUUCCUGCACCAUCAGCCGAACAUGACUACCUACCUCCAUCGAAAGAUGAACAACUGAGAGAUGCCCAUGCUGAGAUUGAGAGGCUUCAGGCACGGGUCAAGGAA